CUUGAAGCUGGGUUGUUACAGAUUUACUUCUUCUCUCUGGUUCACAACACCCACACGCGUGCAGACAACUCCCACACGCGAGACCACGACAUACUGUCAUACACUUCAUUCACACAAGAACCUGCAGAGAACUCAGAACAAUCACCAAUGGCUUUUUCUGUGUGCGACUUUGAACUCAUGUAGCUGUUCAAGGUCGUUGAAUUCAAGAAGUUUUUUUUUUUGGUUUAAAGCCGGUCUCUCUCUGUCUCUCUGUCUCUCUGUCUCUCCUUCUCUUCGUUUCUUAGUAAAUGGCGGAUGUUAUUCGAUUGUCGUUUCAUUCUUUUCGCUUCUCUCCUUCUCUGCUCACCUCCUUUGCAUCCUCCUUCAAUAGUCUCCAACCGGGUCUCCAACCCAUUCAGAAUUCGGAUAAGAGAGUUUGUUCCCUUUUGUAUUCUUCUGCUGGCGAUUAUGCCCGCUUUUCUUUCAGACCCAGAAAGCAGUCGGUCUCUUUCCAGGUUCGUGCAACUGUGGCUGAGACUGACCAACCAAAAUGGUGGGAAAAGAAUGCACCAAACAUGGUUGAUAUUCAUUCCACACAAGAAUUUUUGAGUGCUUUAAGUCAAGCUGAAGAGAGAUUAGUUAUUGUAGAAUUUUAUGGGACCUGGUGUGCUUCUUGCCGAGCACUAUUCCCUAAGCUCUGCAGAACAGCUGAGGAACACCCUGAAAUUUUAUUCCUGAAAGUUAAUUUUGAUGAGAAUAAGCCAAUGUGCAAAAGUAUGAACGUGAAGGUUCUUCCUUAUUUCCACUUCUAUCGUGGAGCUGACGGACAACUGGAAUCCUUUUCUUGUUCACUUGCAAAGUUUCAGAAGAUAAAGGAUGCUAUUCUAACACACAACACAGCCCGUUGCAGCAUUGGCCCCCCAAGGGGAGUUGGAGAUCUUAAACUGGAACCUUCCUUAGCUCCGAAGGACAGACCAGCAGAAUCUACAUCAGCUUAGAGCUUCCUCCAUACGAUUAUUUCGGUUGUAAUGACCAUUUCUGUAUAUGAUGCCCUUCAAGUGAACCUCAUUAGAGUGAGUUAUUUACUCAUAUUCUGUAUAUUUUCGUUUUCUUUCGUGUAAGAAUGCUAUGCAGAAGUUGCUAUCCCGCAUUCUUUUCCAUUCAUGAUCUGGCCGUUAUUUAUGCACCUAAAAAAGACUUCAGUGACAGUGGAAUUCCAGUUUCGGAAUUUCUGUUAAGUGAUUA